AACAAAACAUUAUUCAUAAAAAGCAAUCUAUUAAUAUGAGUUUUGAACACUAUAUAAUUUGUUUAGAAGCAUGACAGCUAGCUGUACUUUUAGUUUAUGGUUGACACAGCUUGUUGUUCAAGGCACGUGAAUGUAUACAACCUGUAUUUACACAUCAUAACUACAUUGUAAUUACCACCUUCCCACUUGGUAAUGAACGCAGCAUAUGCUAGUUAACUGUAGUUAGGAAAAAAUUGCUUAAAUUUUUAGCUAACCCUGUAAAAUACCAGUGAAAAGAUGGCGACGGCAAUAUACCUGGAACAUUACCUUGACAGUGAGUAUCUACCGUUAACUAAUUUAAGUUGAUCAGUUGUCUAAAUACAUUUCCAAUCUUGUGUUUUUCAGUGUCGAAUUUUUUUAGCUAGCGACGUUACUAGCCAAGCAAGUUGUCUCGUAGUGAUAUUAACGUUACACAUUUUCGGCAUGACGAACGUAAACUGGCAUUGUUUUUGUUAGCUAGCGGUCUAGUAACUCGCUAGGUCAUUGAAGUUGUAGGUUCGAUGAAAUGCUUUACAUUGUUGACCUUAUCUAACGUUUGUGAGUUAACGUUACAAGGAGGGUUGUUUACCGCUUAUCUAGCUAAGUUAGUAGUAACUUCUUAGCAGCAAGCCAACAACAAGGUGGUGUUCUAGUUAGCUAAACGGCGACAUGUACAUGUAAUUUAUUUAGGGUCUCAGUGGGCCAUGACCAUAAAAUGUGGUUUGCUCUAGUUAGUAGGCGGGGGAUGGCUGUGGCGCGACCUCGUUUUCUGCCUGGAGGCAAGUGUACACGGGGCGGGAGGUUUGAUUUAAAAGUGCGUCACAAGCACAGUUUCACUAACGUUGUCUCAUUUCCACUAACUUUUAAACAUUGUUGUUUUCCGGGAAAACAUUUUUAGUUGAAGAUAUUUGGUAGUACAGCUGUCAUGAUCCAGCUAACAUUAUCAAUUUUGAUGUGGGCACCUGUUAUUUGGUAACGCUCAUCAGACUGUGCAUUCAGUGUAGAAAGGUGCAAGAACCAUUUGUCUAAUAAAUAAGAGUGAAUACCAAUUCUUGGUAAAGUCUGAAACAAAGCACUGCAAAAACUUGGAAAGUUUCUUAACAAGCCAGAAUGUUGAAUUAAAUUAUUUUAAUUUACUCUACUGGUUGUCUGUGUGGUUGGACAAAAUAUCCACAGGAAAUAAUUAUUAACCAGACUUUUUAGAGUGCAUGUACUGCCAUUGACAUUUCAAUUACCUGCGACAUGCGCAACACCAUGUAAACACCUGCAAGACUUGUUAGGUCACGAUCAAACAAAUCUUGAUUGCCACACAGACCUGUGUUUUUGAAGUCCGUUUAAUAAUACUUUCCUUGGAUAUUUUGUCAAAAAUGUCGACCAGCUGAAGGACCAACCCCGCGGACAAUCGGAAGUGUAAGUUAAAAUCUAAUUGUAUUCUACAUUUGUGACAGACAAGGGACGUUGAGGGUUCCUAUGGAAUUUUUUAUAUAUGCCUACCCAGGCCAAACUCGGAUGAUGUUCUGCCAAUUGUGCGCCGCCCUAUGGGACUCCCAAUCAUGGCCAGAUUGUGAUACAGGCUGGAAUCGAACCAGGGUCUGUAGUGACGCCUCUAGCACUGAGAUGCAGUGCCUUAGACCGCUGCGCCACUGGGGAGCCCUAUGCUUUACAAGCAAUGGAAAGCAUAGCCAAAAUCGGGACUAAAGAGCCCUGAGCUGUCAGCUGUGUGUUAUCAUCAAAUCCUAUCUUGUUCUCAUGAUGAACUAUUGUAGUUACUGAAUGAUUGCUUCAUACAUUCCCCCAGGUAUUGAGAAUCUUCCCUGUGAACUACAGAGAAACUUUACACUGAUGCGGGACCUGGACAAUAGAACUGAAGGUACAAUACUACACAAGAAAUACAUUUUAAAGUGUUAUUCAUUUUGAUCACCUGAUUUACCACAUGGUUUCAUGCCCCAUCAGUAUUGUGUAGUUCAGCAUCUUUCAUUUUCCAGUAUUACAAUUUUCCUGCAAUUGUGUAGAGAAAAAAGGAGAGAUUGACAAACUGGCGGAGGAGUAUAUCUCAAGUGUAAGGAACUUGGCUUCGGAACAGAGGGUUGAGCACCUGCAGAAGAUCCAGAGUGCUUACAGCAAGUGCAAAGAGUUCAGCGAUGACAAAGUGCAGCUUGCCAUGCAGACAUAUGAAAUGGUCAGUGCUCCAAACCUGGCAUAUAAGUACAUAAAGAUGUGUCAAUACUUUCACUACUGGUCAAUAGAUAAUGCAAAACCAAUCUAAUUGUCUGCAUGUCAUAGGUGGACAAGCAUAUCCGCAGGCUGGAUGCAGACCUGGCCCGAUUUGAGAAUGAGCUGAAGGAGAAGCUGGAAGUGGGCGGCUAUGAAAGUCCAGAAGGAAGAGGGUUAAAGAGUAAGCAGGGAGACUGUUGGUGGGAAAUACUUCUCCAGCACAUUUACGACAGGUAAACUAACUUCCAUGUCCACUGCUGUGAAUAUCUGCUUUAGAGGGUGAAGGUCAGGGACUGAGGGAGAAGCGAGGACCCAGGGGGAGAGGAAGGAAAUCAUCAGAUGAGGAUUCUCCCAGGAAGAAAAAGCUUAAAAACAGGUAUCAAAAAGGUUGUACAAACAAGUACAAUUUACGUGCGUCUGCCUGGUUCUCACUCUCACUUAAUAUAAUUCACCAUCUGUUAAUGUCUGUAGCCCAGGGUUGAGUUCUGCUCUCCUGCCAAUGCAACAGUCAGAUGUUUUGGACAUGCCAGUUGAUCCCAAUGAGCCAACAUACUGCUUGUGCCAUCAAGUGUCAUAUGGAGAGAUGAUUGGAUGUGAUAACCCUGAUGUAAGUUUUUAUUGGGUAUUGGUUGUCUUGUUAUUCAAAAGAAUGCUUUGAAAUUAGUGGUAUUCUCAGGGCUCUAAAUGGAAAAUGUUAAUUACUUAGGAGCACAACAAAGUGUAGGAGCACCAGAAAAUAUUUGUUUAAUUGAUUGAGAUAUAGCCUAUAUUGGGUCUAUAUUUCUAGCUACUUUUAUGCCCUAUAAACUAAUAUUCUAACCCUGUAAAGACAUUUGUAUAUUAUAAAAUAUUGAUACAAAAACCUGUAAUUGAAAUUAGUCAGUUGUGGAAUAUUAGGUUUCUACAUUUUAAUGUUGUCUUCUUACCAAUGCGUUCAUUAUUCAUAGUGUCCAAUUUGAGUGGUUUCACUUGUGUUGAUCUUACUACAAAGCCAAAAGGAAUAUUAGGUUUCUACAUUGCACAAGCACUAUCUACUGAGAUGCAUUAUAUAUAAAUUUGUACACUGUCUCUUUAAGAGCGUCAAGUUCAUUCCUAUAUGAUAAUUGAUUUCCUGAAGAAGCUAUCCCUUUUCCUUUCUAUGCCCCCAAAUGUUUGCAUAUACUUAAGCAUUAAGGCAUGAUAGGUUGUGGUAUAUGGCCAAUAUACCACGGCUAAGGGUUGUUCUUACACACGACACAACGCAGAGUGCCUGGAUACAGCCCUUAGCCGUGGUAUAUUGGGCAUAUACCACAAACCCCAGAGGGGCCUUACUGCUAUUAUAAACUGGUUACCAACGUAAUUAUAGCAGUAACAAUAAAUGUUUUGCCAUACCCGUGUUAUACGGUCUGAUAUACCAAAGCUGUCAGCCAAUCAGCAUUCAGGCCUCGAACCACCCAGUUUAUAAUGGUAAUUAAGUAACCAGGUUGUUAGAUAGCUAGCUAAUGAGGUUACAUGACUGAACAAGGUGUAAACAAAUGCCCGCGGGUGGUUUUGGAACAGCCAGUGAAAUGUUUUAUGAAUGUCUAGCCAAUUCACGAUAGGAGGAAUAAAACAUUGCGCCGGUAAUAUAUUUUUACUAGUUUGUGCUAGAAAUAAAUCAGUUUUCGCUGUAGUAAUGGUGCAACCAUGAAAGUAACGAAUAUGCACUCGCUUUUAUCUACAGGGCACUCAAACAAUGGUAUAGCGAAGCCUAAUCAUCAUAACAAUUAUCUGGGUGAUUGAUUUUCUAGGCGCACAGUGCUCCCAAAAUAAAAUGUCAGGUCGCACAUUAAAAUGGUCACACUUUAAAGCCCUGGGUAUUCUAUAUAGAUUCAACGAGUUAAUCGAAAGAAUACUGUAAUGUUGAUGUCUUUUUACCAAUGUUUUUAUUUUUCAAACAGUGUCCAAUUGAGUGGUUUCACUUUGCUUGUGUUGAUCUUGCUACAAAGCCCAAAGGAAAAUGGUAAGUUAAUAUUUUACAAUGAGUUAAUGAAGUGUAUUGUAUAUGUAAUUAAAAGCAGAUGAAUUUGGGAAUGUUGAUUACAUGCAUUACCUUUUUGUACUUGUAUUUUGUCUUCUCUUUCAGGUUUUGUCCACGAUGCACCCAGGAUAAGAAGAAAAAAUGAGAUAUAUUUCUUUAAAGUACUUUUCUAUAAAUAUAUGUAUUUUGUCUAUGUAGUAAAGUGUAAUAUAUUGACAAAAUUAUUUCCCUUUCUAUUAUGUCCGUGCAUACAUAUUAUGGUCUAAAUACAAAGCUUUUAUUCGAAGUACUUGAAAUAUGUAAACAUUUAAAAGUUUUAGUAUUUGACAAACAAAUUCAACAGCUGUUGAUAAUACAUUUUCUACAUGGUUUAGUUUCCAUUUUUUUAAAAUUCUGUCCUCACUUAAAUAUUAGGGCCAGUGUUAGGGUCUCAUUUGUGUCUGCAUUUUAGUUACCUAGAUACCUCUCGGGUUCAAGCACAUGCAGAUACUGCAAUCUUGAAUCCUGCCUAAAAAUCUAUCUUAAACCAAGCAAGCAAACAAAAACGUUCACUCCGUCCAGUCUUGGACUAAUAAGCUAUCUGGUAAAAGGUGCACUAUAUUUUUAUAUUGACUGUCAAAAGCAUUUGCCCACUCUUGAAUGUAUUAUGGUGAUAAUGAUCAGACAUUUAGGAAGGGACUGGUAUCUCUUUGCCAACAUAACCAGCAAGCAUUAAAGCACUUUGAAUAAAACAUCUGCUGUUCACCACUAACGAUAAACAAUUUAACAGUCCCUACUCACUAGAUAAAGUGGACAUAGUGCAAGCCCUAUUUUUCUUUUGUGGGGAAUGGCUUUCCAAAGAUAUUUUAUUCGUUCACGCUGCUGUAAAGUACAAAUGAAAGACUAACAUU